UAAUCAUUUAUAUAAAAAUAACAAUUCACUUUGUCUGACAUGACACUAAUUUAAAAAAAGCGUGAUGAUUUAAGCACGUUAUCUAUGCGUUGAAAAAUGCAGUCAUAAAAUAGAACGAUGGAGAAUAUCAAUGUCCAUACAGGAUUAAUGACAGUUGUAGCAGCAAGUAACAAAUUGUAUAUUGAUGUAAGGAUGAUGCUUAUUUCGCUGGAAAAUUAACACAGACAUUCACCUAGAAAUAUGAUGACAGCUAUGGAUUUCCUUCCAAGUGACCUGGAACACAUGAACACAAACUUUCUCGAUAUGAUCGAGAAUGAAGUCAAUUCACAACAGAUUUUAGACAUAGAGAAUUUAAAUUCGGACAAACUAAAUGAUAUCCUGAAUGGAGAUCUCAUGCAGGAUUCCGCGUCAAUGGACUUUGAGGAGGAUGUUAAUAAUUCUAAUUGGUUUCAAAGUUUACAGUGGAAUGAUUCGAUGAAAGUUCCGCAAAGUUUGAUUGACGCUUCAAAUGAGGUUGAAAAUAAUAAUCCGAACUUGUUAGUCAAUCCACAAAGUGUUCUUCCUGUUCACUCCGCGCCUCAGGUUCAGAAGACUAACACACAGCAGAUGAAUCAGUUAAAUGCUUGUAAUGGAAUUGCUGUGAAGAUAAAUGGACAGGAUGCAGUCCUUACGCCAACUCAGCAUCCACAAAUUCAAUAUGUGACAGUGCAAAAUGUUGUUUCAUUAAAUAAUCAGCAGUUAGGAUAUACUGUCCAGCCAAUUACCAUUUGUCCACAACAGAACAUUCAAAAUGUCGGGACAAUUACGUCGCCGUCCCUAACAUCACCAGUGCUAGUUGAACACUUACAAAAUGGACUGCAUACACAGCAACAUGUAAAUAAUAAUAAUAACAAUAAAGUUGCAUCACACCAGAGACAGCCAGAAAAAGUGUAUCCGAAACCAGUGUAUUCAUACAGCUGUUUAAUAGCUAUGGCCUUAAAGAACAGUAGAACAGGAAAUUUACCUGUUAGUGAAAUCUACAAUUUUAUGAUUGAUAACUUCCCAUAUUUCAAGACUGCCCCAGAUGGAUGGAAGAACUCGGUGCGACACAAUCUGUCGUUGAAUAAGUGUUUCGCCAAGGCCCAUGAUGGAAAGGCUAAUGGGACGCAUACGCGGAAGGGCUGUUUAUGGGCUCUGAACCCAGCCAAGAUAGAAAAAAUGGAGGAAGAGAUUGUAAAAUGGAGGAAAAAGGACCCUGAAUCUGUAAAACUCAGCAUGUCAAAACCUGAGAAUUUGGAGUUGAUAGAGCAAGGUAAGGCAGGGCCUCCCAGGGAGUCUAAUGAAGUGUCCACUCCAGUCAAGAAUGAGCCACUAACUCCAGUGAAGCAGCAGAGACAGGUUCAAACCCAGGUGGUUCAUCAGCAACUUCAGCCUCACCUGAUGUGUAAACAGGAGGCUGCCGUCAUGGUUAAAACUGAACCUGAAAUCAAUGUUACCGAUGUGAAUCCAUUUGACCCAUCACUUCCUGAUUUAGCCAUGCAGCAUGGUGGUGGUAUGUGGGAGGAGGACCUUACCAUAGGUGUAGGCAAUCCAAACCACCCAGCAAAUGUAUGUUCGUCACCUUUAGUCUCGCCAACUAUCAGUGGCUCAACACAGUACCAUGGCAAUAUAACUUACACAUGUACAAGUCCACAGAUCUCCCACAGUCCUAUCCACCACAAUGUUACGCCAUCAAAACUUUACCCACAAACCCCCACAAAGAUAUAUCCACAGACGCCGUCCAAACUGGUGCUAGCGUAGUAUACUGUUGUACAAUACCACAAUACCAUAUUCAAUUUGAUAAUAGCAUGAAGCUACAUUUAAAUUGCCGAGAAAUCCUGUUUUGGAGAAAGAAGUAAAUAUGUGAUCUGAUUAUAUCCAGCUAGGCUAUACCAUAUUGAUGCUGCGUUUAGCAACCUCCAGCUUGUAGGUUUUUGGCUGUCUCAUCGAAAAUAAAAAAUCUGAAAAUGUUCAAAGCAAUGGCUACUUAAAUAUACUUCACAUUUACCACAUUGCUUUUAAGCUAUUUCAGCUUAAUAAAUACUUACAUUUUUCAGUUUCUUAAAAUACUUCAAUAUAGUGCUAAAACUCUUAUAAUUGCGCCAUGAGAAAACCAACAUAGUGGCUUUGCGACCAGCAUUGAUCCAGACCAGCCUGCGCAUCCGCGCAGUCUGGUCAGGCUCCAUGCUGUUUGCUUUCAAAGCCUAUUGGAAUUGGAGAAAGCCACUAUGUUGGUUUUCCCAUGGUGCGGCUCAUUUAUAUUUUAUGAGUGUUAUGGCUGUUGGAAUGUAAUGAUUGUUUUUUUAUCAACACAUUGUGUUUUUUUUUCUGCCUGUUAGGUAGGUUUUGAAAAAUGAUUGGGACACUAAACAUAGCUCUAAUUUGGUAUGGCCUUAUUUUGAAAGGUUCUGUAUAGUUUUAUCAAUUGAAAAGAAUUAAAAGUGUAAUUGGUUUGAAAGGUACCUUUUGAGUAAAAAGUCAGCAUUUUACUCUCUUCUUAAAAAUGUUGCGUAUUUUGGAAAGACAUUUCUAUUUCCAUUGUAGUUCAUUAAGACAUGUUUGAAUUUAAACAUGUGAGAGGGACAUUCUCUGUAGACUGUGUUAUUGUUAGAAAAAUGAAUAUGGUAUUGUUUGUUUUUAAGGUCACUGUUAACUAUGUACAAUGAAAUUUUCGUGUGAUAUCUAUAUAUAAUUGUUUUCAACGAAAUUAAGUAGUCAGAUUAAUAUGUAUGUUUUUUUUAAUCAGUGAUACUGCAGUAUGGAUUUUAUGCUCUAGAUGUAUAUGAGCUGUGCCAUGAAAAAACCAACAUAGUGCGUUUGCGACGUUUGCAUCCGCGCAGUCUGGUCAGGAUCCAUGCUGUUCGCUUUCAAUUCCUAUUGCAAUCAGAGAAACCUUUAGCAAACAGCAUGGAUUCUGACCAGACUGCGCGGAUGCGCAGGUUGGUCUGGAUCCAUGCUAGUGGCAAAUUCACUAUGUUGGUUUUCUCAUGGAGCAGCUCAUUUGUUCUCUGGAUGUCUUGUAGACUAAAAUUUUGUAGGAAUAUUAGAUUCAUUUUAUUGUCAGUUGUAACGUAACUGUUGUUUUCUUAGCCUGUGUUUGAUUUUUCCUGAAAUUGCUAGUUCUAAUCAAAUGAUAAACGCCAUUUUUUGAACAGUUUGCUCAAUUUUAUGUCAAAAUUCCAGUUGCCAUGGUUAUUCAGGGAUCAGGGUCAUUUUUGAUUUUCAUCUUGAUUUACUUUCAUCCACAUUCGUUCUCACUGACAUAUUUCAUAAUGCCAGUAGAAAUGCAAGUUCUUUUACUUGUUGGCCAUACAAGGCUGGUUAAAAUGAGGAAAAAUUUCAAUAGGAGUAGCCACCUUUCAAAUACACAGAACCCGAAAAAAAUGUGUACAGUCUUCCUUGUUUCCUGCUGAAAAGCCCUGUUUGAUCUGGUCACUUCAAAAGUUAAAAAUUACUGGUAACUGUUGAAUUUGAAACAACCACCAAACAGUCAGAGCAAUGAUUCUAUUAAAUAAAACCUGCAUUUUUACUGGCAUUAAAUAUAUUUCACACUUGAGCAUACAAAGCCUGUUGUUUUACAGGCUCUAAUACAUAAAAUCCCAUUUAAAGUUUGAAAUUUUGUACAUUCCGGUAUUAUGUAGAGUUUUUGGGAAAGUUUUGGAUAAAAGUAAUUUUUCUCAACAUAAGAAUGAAGUUCAUUUGUUUCUUAGGUCAAAGUACAAGUUUUUAGUUUACCUGUUUGCUUAUUUGGGUCUUGGUAUAAGAAAAGUUAUAGCUAAAUAUUUUAUUUCCUGAAAUAGUCUUACUAUGGAGGUAGAUGAAUUUUUACAUUGUUGAGAAACAAAUUGUUCUUAAUGCAUAUUGAAGAUUGCAUUGGUUUUUUGCUUACAAAGAUAAUCAUUGUUUUGUUUACAGCUUAAAUAUUUUAUUUGUGUGUGUUAUUUUUGCAUUAAUAUUAUACACAGAGCUUUUUUUUUCCUUCUAUAGAAAGGGACCCUUUCUCAUAGAUGAUUUCUUUCAGAUCAUGUAUUUAUCCUAAAAAAUUGACUUGAUAUCAAGAUCUUUCUUCCAAAUUUACCAAUAUACCGAGGUAUUUUUUAUUUAAAGUAAUAAGAGCAGGCCCCUCUUUUUUCCUUUGUGAAAAGCACUGUGAUUUAUACAUACCGGUACAUUGUUUCUAUGGAAUCUUCAAUAUUAAAAAGUGAGCAAAAUAUGUGCGGUCAAGAGAUCAAGAUUUUUACUGAACAAAUGAAAUUUUUGUUUGCUUUAAAUUUGGCCAUUAUGUCAAGAUUAUAUUUCAAAUUAUUGAAAUGGUGCUUGUACUGAUGUAAACACUCAGCAGAAUUGAUAGUUUAAAGAGAAAAAUUAUAUCAUAAUUAUGUCAUUAGCUUUUAGUCGAAAAUGAUGAAAAAAUCAAGUUUUCUGAUCUUACAGAAUUGAAAGAAUAUUAAUGAUUGUUAAAUUUUUAUUUGAGGUGAUUGCAAACUGGAAUGCAACUUACUGUAGGAGUGUGUUGUAAAAUAUGAAAUCAGUCUAUUGCAGAUUCUGAAAUAUAAGGGAAGUAAAAAGUUCAUGUGUAGGAACCCUAUUUCCAUAAUGAUCAGUAACUGCUAAAAUUGUUUUAAAAUAUAUACCAUAACAGGAAUUCUCAACCGAUGUUAGUAGUUACAGCAAAAAUUUUAUGAACGUGUACACCUGCAUUUGGAAGGUUCUGAAUCUUGACAAAAUAGAUCUGAGAUGCUUAUUUGGUAUAUACAAAAAUCCUAAUGGGGGCAGGAUUAUAAAAUAUCAACCUCUGUGAAGUAUUGUUACCUUACAGGAUUAUAAUAUCAACCUCUAUGAUGUAAAGUUAUCUUUUAGGAUCUUAAUUACAUGAUGCAGUAAGAAAUUUUGAAUCUGGAAAACGCCUGUACAUCAUUUAACAGAAUUUAUGAUUGCCUUAAGUAAAGAUGAGCCGCGCCAUGAGAAAAGCAACAUAGUGCAGCAGUCUGGUCAGGAUCCAUGCUGUUCGCUUUCAAAGCCUAUUGCAAUUAGAGAAACCAUUAGCAAACAGCAUGGAUCCUGACCAGACUGCGCGGAUGCGCAGGCUGAUCUGGAUCCAUGCUGGUCGCAAAGCCACUAUAUUGGUAUUCUCAUGGCGUGGUUCAAAUGAUGGUCCAAUUUUCAUUCAUAUCUUAACAUGCUGUCACAUUCAUCAAAAGAAAGAAAAGAACACAUUAUGUUUGCAUGUUUUUAUAAUAGCUUUGCUUGUGUACAUUCAUUCUUUAUAGCGAUCAUAUCAGUACAAAGUACAUUUACAGAUAUAAUGAUGAUAACCUUUGUAUUAUAUUAUAAAGAUAUAUUGAAAUGUGUAUUUUUCUAGUCCACAAUGUGUUCAAGAAGUACCGUUUUCCAUUUUUUGUGUGUGAUACAGAUAUACAUAUAUAAAGCGUAUUCUUUGCAUUUUUGUAUUGGCAGCAUUUUAAGAAGAAAUUUGCAGACUUGGUGCAUUUUUUUAAGGAAUAAUUUUUUUUCCUCGUAUAUAUGUAUAUUUUUGGUUAAAGAAUAGAGUUAUGUACUGUUUGUAGAAAUUUAAUGUUGUUAAAUUUUGUCACAAUGGAUUUUACUGUUAGAUGUAGAUGUUUGAAAAAAAAAAAAGAAAGCUUGAAAUUGGAAAUGAUUUCAAUCUCAUAUUUAUAUAGCUCUUAUAUGGCAGCAUACUUUGUACAUAUAAUAACUUACAAACAGUUGUGUGUAAUCUGUACCUUUUUUUUUUACAUUAUAUGUACAUAUUGGCGAUCUUUUUUGUUUUAAUAUAUAUUUAUGAUUAUAUCUGCAGUGGGAUAGAUCUUCAAUCAUAGAUUUUUAUAGCAGGUGUGAACUACUAGUAAGAGAGUAUUGUUUGGUUGUUAGAAAGGAAUGAAAGUUUAGAUUGUUGGUACAUCAUUUAUAAGAUAUGGGCCACACCAUUAGAAAACCAACAUAGUGGCUUUGCGACCAGCAUGGAUCCUGACCAGACUGCGCAGAUGCGCAGGCUGGUCUGGAUUGAUGCUGGUCACAAAGCCACUAUGUUGGUUUUCUCAUGGCACGGCUCCAUUAUGGCUUACUUGAGGAAGGACAGAACUCCUCUUGGACAAAACUUUUUUUUAUAUGUGGGCUAAUUCCCUUCAUUUAGAAUUUGAAGGUAGACAAAACAGCUCCUAGGAAAAAGUCAAUGUGGACAACAUUGAACCGUUAUGACAAAGUCCCUCUCAUUGUACUGUAGAAUAGUAACAUUUGACUUGAGAGGGGGUGAACAUGGAUUAUCUUGCCUGAAGAAAUCAAGGGAGGGGUUAAGUCCCUCAUGCACGAUGUUUUAGCAGGAAGGAUUUUUUGUCCACUUUGAUGUUAAUGAGAUGGUUUAUGUCUGGCCUUCUUUUGAAUUUAAUUGUAUAGUGUUCUUACAUGAAUGUGUCUUAGUGGUCAGUCAUACUCAGAACAUUUUUCCUUAAAGCAAUAUCUUCUAUCUUGUAUGAAAAUUGAUGCAAACUGCAAAAAGUUCGCAUAUUUUUGUACAUGAAUUGUUGGUAUAUUGUUCGAAAACUGAGGAAAAACUGAUGCACUGUGUAUUUAAGGAUUGAUCCAUUAGAAGUUAUGUUCAGCUGAUCUGGCAACAUGGCUUAAGUACAUAAGUGUGUGAAGUGGCUCUGAAUCUGACUGUUGACUUCUGUAAUGGUAACUUGAAAUGAUAAAAGCAGCAUGCCGCUAGAUUUAUGUUUUAGUGUUUUGAAAUUUAGAAUUGUAAAUAAGAAGUGUAAACAUAGAAUAUGAUUCUGUUCGUUUUUGGCAAAAUUAAUUUUGAUUUAGGGAAGUUCCAUACCCCAUUCUUCAACUGCAAUAUAAACAGAAGGGUAAUACAAAACAUAUACCAUUGUUUAAUCUGAUUUUUUGUCUUUGAAGUGAUUGUUAUUUGAUACCUUUAAAGUGUGUCAGGAGGCAUUCUGCAAACAUUUUACAAAAUUAUGGUGUUCAGUUAGGUCCAUUGUUGUUUGGCUAUCCGUGUGGAUUAGUAAGGCAGAGAUUGUAAUGCUAAGACGCGAGAACAUGAUGCAAAAACAUAAGAAUACAGUACAACAAUGGUGAUACUAACAUGGAAUAUUCACAUAGUGUUUUUAUGUCUUUACAUUGUUUAUUUUUCGUGUCUUUGCAAGGUGUUUUCAUAUUUGUUACCCAAUCUAUCCACAGGUCAUUGUGGUGUAAUAUGGCCUGGGGUUUUUUCAGGACUGGUCUUGGUUUCAGGCUUUGGCUGAAAGAAUUUUCAGGCUUUAGAACGCAUAUUUUCAGGUUUUUUGUUUUUGACUGAAUCCCAGGUCUGAAUUACCCUAAUAAUGAAGGCCUUAACAGAACACCAUACUCAGCUUACUCAGCAUAUGUUCUGUAUUUAGAUUACUAAUAGGUUAUGAAUAUUGAUCAGAUGAUUAUAACUUAAAUGCUUUCUUACCAUAAGGCUUUCAAUGAAAAAUAUCAAGUAUGAGGCGUGAGACAUUUGUAAAAUGGCAAAAUUUUGUGAUCUCAGUGAGUGUUGCGUGAGUUAUUUAUUUUGUUUGCUUUGUAGACCGUUAUUAUUUUUUUUUGUAUGAAUGAUGGACGUGCCUGUAUAAGAUACAGUUUCUUCUAUUUAUAGACUGAAAUGACAAGAUAAAGGAUCUUUCAGUAUAGUUGUGGCAAAAUCAGUGAUUGUAUUAAGUGAUUGUUUAACAUGGCUAAUACUACUUCUAAAUUUGUAUGAAUGUAUUGUAGAAGUAAGUAGACAUGAGGUUGAAAACUUGUUCCUUUUUGUGUGUAAGAAUUUCCUUUAUACUGCUGUACUGUACUAAGUGUUAAUCUGAAUUGUGUUUGUGGGGUGUCUACAGUUGAAUGAAAUUGGAACUGAAAGAUUUUGACUUACAUUUUAAAGACAUUCUGUCAUUCUUACAUUCUUACGCACAUUGCUUUUAAAAUACAUAUAUAAAUGGGUGCCUUAUUUAAUGUGUUCUGUAAGCAGUGAAGACAUAUUGCUGGUUUAUGACCUAUUCAUUGUAAGUUUGAAAGAAACUGCAAAUCUUUCAUUAGUAAUUAUUAUAUGUGCCACGUCAUGAGAAAACCAACAUAGUGGCUUUGCAAACAGCAUGGAUCCUGACCAGACUGCGCAUCGGCUGUUCACUUUCAUAGUCUAUUGCAAUUAGAGAAACUGUUAGCGAACAGCAUGGAUCCUUUCGAGACUGCACAUAUGAGCAGGCUGGUCUGGAUCGAUGCAGGUCGCAAACGCACUAUGUUGGUUUUCUCAUAGUGCUGCUCAUUAUGACUUUUUUGUAUAAAUUACAGGAAAAUGUUUGUGCUAUUGACAGUCUAAUGUGGGACACAGGUUUUCUUGUCUAAAGUCAAAUAAUAUUGAGAAAAAAGUGUCCAAAUAUAUUUCUGUUGUCAUGUUGUAAAAAGAAUUGACUAAAUGGCUUGCAGGGAAAUAGUCCAACUAUUAUGCCUUGGAACCUUGGGUAAAUAGUUUGGACUAUUGACUGGCAACUCAUUCAGUAAGUGUAUACUUAAAUGAAGUAGUGAUGUUUUCACAUUUAUUUGCAAAUACUAGUAUUCGGCAAAUGGUAAACUGAAGAAUGAUAUAGUCAUUGAAUUAUUUAAAAAAAUGCAACCCUUCUUUCACAAAUAAUUUCUGAAAUGAGAUAGAUUUUUUACCAUGCAUUUUUGAUUAUUCAGCAAAUGAUUUCUGUAGGAAAGUGAUGUUGCUCUUUGAAGUGAUAUAGUUAUGUAAUAUACAUGUGUAGAUGUGAAAAUUGUAGCCAGAUGGAUUAAGACUGGAUUUUGUGUUUGUCUGAUCUUUUUUUUCUUUCAGAAACUGUGUAUUGUUCUUUCCGUGUUGAAGAAAGAUAUUUGUUGUGAAAUGAAAGUGAAUGUAAAAUUUAUAGUGGUUAAAACAAGAAAUUGUUGGAUAUAUUUGCCAUUUAAACGACAUGAAAACUUGUAUUGAGAAUACAGUUUUGUGUUUUAAUACAAUUCUAUUUUGUUUCUAGAGAUUGUAAAGCUAUAACACUGCCAGAAAUAUUUUGAUUAAAUCGGUGUGUAUAUACACUUAA